AUGGGCGUCGACCACGACGAUGCAGCUGCUAUAGGCACCGCUGGGUUGACGGCGUUUCAAUCUCUUCCAAAAGAGUCGUUGAAGCCAGGGUCUAAAGUCUUUAUCAACGGUGGAAGUGGCGGUGUUGGUUCCUUCACUAUCCAGUUCGCAAAGGCUGCCGGUGCCUAUGUGGUCGCAUCUUGUUCGACGGCAAAGGUCGAUCUUUGCAAACGUCUCGGGGCUGAUGAAGUUAUCGACUACCGCAAACUCAACGUUGUUACCGAACUCAAAAGAAAGGGGAGUGUUUUCGAUAUCGCUGUAGACAAUGUUGGCAGCACAGAGGGCUUGUACGAAAGCUGCUCGCAUUUCCUCAAGUCAGAGGGAGUGUUCGUGCAGGUUGGUAUGUCAAAGUCGAUGGUAGGUAUGUUGCGGAGAAGCCUGUUGCCAGGUUUCUUCAGUAGUGGUAAGAGGAAGUUUCAAUCCGUGAGGGUAACGCCGAGCCAAGAGGAUCUGAGCUCAAUUAGCAGGUUGAUAGUAGAGGGAAAAGUACGAGUGUUGAUUGAUGAAAAAUUUGAGUGGCGCGACGCACCAAGAGCAUAUGCGAAGCUUAGGGAAGGACGUACAACGGGAAAGAUUAUCGUUCAUGUCAACAAGACUUGA